CGUAUUUGUAUUUUUUGUUUACUUCUGUACUAUGAAUUAAUUCUAUUCAAUAUUGUUUAUUUGAAUGUUUACUGUAAGUAGUGGUAUAAAUAACACUAUGUAUACUGUAGCGUCACUGGGCGGUGAUAUUUACAACCAUGAAUAUUUCUUGCUUGAAGACGUGUGCCGUCUCUGUUGGAAAAGGAAUGCCACUCAAGAAUUAUUGUGUAAAAGUGAGGACAAUGAAACAGAAUACAGUAUUCCACUAUUUGAUCAAAUACGAGAUUGUCUGGACAUCAUUUUAACUCACGAAUGCCGGCCCAACAAAGUUUGUACAGGAUGCAGCGACGAGGUGAAACGGUUCUACGAAUUUAAGAAAUUCUGUCUAGAAACUGACAAAAAACUUCGGGAAAUAUUACAGAAUUAUGUUAAAAUUGCCGAAAAGUCGUCUAAUAACAGCGAAUGUUACAUAAAAGUAGAGAAUGAGCUCCCUACAGGGGUAGAGCAAGACGAAUCUUUUGACGACUUUCUAGAGUCACUCCAGCAGUCAGACUCCAGUGAAAACGUAAAUAAACAAAAGAAGGUUAAGUUAAAACAGACUUACAAACCUAAAAGAUCUCCUACUUACUGUAAUAUCUGCAGAUUAGACUUCAAAACUGUAGAGCAGUUUUCUCUUCACAAUUCUCAGAAUCACGGAAUAGAAGGUAAUUUUUACAAGUGUUUUGGUUGUGAGAAACGCUUUAAAAGCCGAAAGACUCGAAUUGGACAUGAAAUAAACUUCUGUAAAGGUUUAAAAGAUGGUUACAGAUGUACGCUAUGUGACCGAUGCCUUCCGAAGAGAAGGACGUAUGAAGCUCACAUGAGGGACCAUAGAGAAAAUGUAGCCAUAGAGUUGCCGGAGGAGUUGUUUAAGUGUAAAAAGUGUUGUAUCUCAUUUAAGACCAGAGAAGGCCUGAAGGAGCAUGUUGCAGAACAUGAGACUGCAAAGAAAUAUGUUUGUGAAAGUUGCGGACGCGUGUUCACCCGACAAGACUACCUCCACAAACACAAGCUCACACACACAGGCACUAAGCAGCAUGUGUGUCCACACUGCGGCUUCCGGUCUACCCAGCGCUCUUCACUCAUCGUCCACAUAAGAAAACACACGGGCGAGCGACCAUACAGUUGCGACAUGUGCCCGCAGCGCUGUAUCUCCAGUUCCAACUUACGCGCGCACCGCCGCCGACAUCUCGGCCUUAAGAAGUUCCAGUGCACGAUAUGCGACAAGAAAUUCGGCUACAAAGUGAGCCUUGAAGAGCACAUAGAGUCCUCCCACCACCGCUCGCAAACCCACCCCUGCCCGCAUUGCGGGGCCCACUACUCCCGCAAGCGGGGCUUGAAGCGACAUCUGACGGCGAAGCACUGCGAGAAUGAACCUAGUGACGAGGGCGAUAAGGUCGAUAGUUUGUUGAAGGUAUUGUAGUUAUGCUACUUGGUCAUAGAUGGCACCACUAUACUAUGGCGUUCGAUUAUAAUUGUAAAAAAUACAUUUUGGACAGAUGUAGUGCUAUUUUCCAUCGUAUUUUCACGGAAUCGUACAGUUUCAUCCUCGGUACAAAAAGUACGAGUUCCGAGAAAAUACGAGGAAAAUAUAAUAAUUAUGCACUACAUUUGUAUCUUUAAUGCUCAUAUUGUACCAUGAAUCUAGUAUUUUAACUGGAUAAGGCAUGAUGGGUGGGGGAAAUGAGCGAACGGGAUAGUCUUAUGUAUCUUUCAGUAGGAGUAGCAGCGAAAGCGCUAUUAUUGUUUGUCCUUAUCACAGUCUCACAUUUUUUUUAUUCUCUAUUAAAUUAGUAUGGGUUAUGGUGGGCAACAAAUAAAUUCGACCAAUCAUAGUGUCGCAUUGCCUAUGUUUUGUCCCUGACCUUCUAUGUAUUGUACCGUAUCUUUACUGAUUUAAUGCAGUUGUGUUGCUACUCAGCAAUAGAUGGCGCCACCGUACAUUAAUUGUAAAAAGACUUGUACAUACGUGAUGAGCUAAUGAGAUUAUAUACUAUUGUUAUAUUGACUGAUACUAUAAACAUUCAUAUUAUGUGCGAGAAAGUGAAUAGGAACCUAAUAUUUUUAAUUAUUGUUGAUUGUAAUUUUUUCCUCGAGAUAUUGAAAUUCUCCAUUUCGCAUUUUUUUUUUAAUCUAGAAAUUAUUUAUGGAACGGAGUAAUGAUUAAAUAAAUAAAGACAUAUUUUAAUUUACACAUUUUUAUUUUCAAAACUGAAUAAAAAUAAAAAUUCUCUAUUAACCGUUUAUUGCGAGCUACCAGCAUCAUGUACGACAAGAUUAGUUUGAAAAUGAGAAACAACGUUAAAAUAUAACCAGGGGGCCGAUUUUUUAAAUUCGACCGCUCGAUUUCUUGUAAUUCGUUCAAUAAUAUCUCCACUACUAGGCAUUUAAACUCUACUAAUAGAAUAGAAAACGAGUGGUCAAUCUCAAUACCACUAGAUUCCCAGUUUAUAUCGCUCGUAUUUCAAAAAUUAGCAUUUCACCGUUUUCCACCGAUUUCCGAGUGACGAAAUCGAACGAUCGAAAUUCAAAAUUCGGCCCUCAGAGACGAAUUUAUAAUAAAGCCUGGCAUACCUCGUAUAAAGCUAAAUUAUUUUUAAAUUAAUUGCAUGUUCCUCGACACUCAAAGAAUUUAAUUUCCAACCUUUUCGCACCUUGUCACAGUGACCAUCAAUAUGAAAGUCGCUAGAGAUUCUUUGACUGUACCUCAUACUCAAUUUUCAAAAAAAUGCCUUACUUUUUAUUGGUUGCUUACUAAGAUAUGCUUAGAUUGAGACAAAAAUAUACCUACCACUAAGUUUAGAGUUGGAGCAAAAGUUUUGGUACAAAAAAGUUAAUUUUGAUUUAGACACAAAUAUUACACUGUUUCUCAUUUUCGCUACUCAUUUAAAAAUGACAUAAUAAAUACGUAUUUACAUUUUUACAAUAAAUCAAAUCACUUGGGUUAGUAUGCGCAGUUGUUUAUACGACAACGGUUUCACUCACUUGAAUUUUUAGUCGCUAUUGGCGACAUGUUUCGGGCCCGUCGGGGGUCCUUCCUCAGGCUCGAGUGCUCGCGGCGGCUGCAACUCGUGCACUCACCAACCGUUGUCGUAUAAACAAUUUAAAACAUGUCUCACGAAAGUUUAAUAUCGAUUAUGCGCAGUUGAUUCUUUAAAAUGCAAAUAUAUCUUUUAAUUUAAAACUAUAGGACCGUUUAACUGAGACAGAUGUCUACGGUGUGGUUAAAUGUGCUAUACAGCCGUACAGAUGUAUUGCAUAAUUGUUUUCCAUCGUAUUAUCUCGGAAACGUUCGUAUUUGUCAUGCUACUUCAGUCAACCUCAGUACUUUUUGUACCGAGACUGACUGAAAUAGCAAGACACGUUCGUACGUUUCCGUGAAACUACGAUCGAAAAUAAUUUAUGCACUACAUGUAUUCGAAAGGUGUAUAUUACGCUUCUGGUACUUAACAAAUUUAAAACUUAUUAUGAAGCUUGAAUUAAAUGUUUUUUUAUUAAUAUUAGAAGAUCGAAUAGAAGGUCAGACUACCUAAUGGAUGUUUUUUACCCUUAGCAAUACUUUGCGAAGUAAGUAAUUAUGAACUACAUCUGUAUUUACUCUGUCUACUUAAUCAGUAAGAAUCAUUUCUUAUUUCAAAUCCACUUAUUCCAUUAUAUUUUAUUAUUAUUAGUAAGUACAUUUACUAAGAAAUUCACGAUCUACAUAAUUACGUACGAAUAUAUUGUCGAAUAGAGGAACUUGCUCAUUACAUACUAACAUCCACCAAAGACAAGCAAAAAUAAACACUGACAAUCUUAUAGCAAAGUCACUCAUCAUUGUUGUAGAUGGAAAGAGGCAAUCGCAGUGUUGCAUUAGUAUAUUUUAACUCUCAGGGAGCUCACUAGAUGGCGCUCUGCUUAAUUUCUAGUUCUGUGCAAGUGGCUCCAUCUAUAACAAUAACGCGGAUUUGAAUGUAGAAUGUCACUUUUUAUUUUUAAUGUACUUUAUCUCUGCUCUCUCCUAGAGUGUUUUCACAUCGUCCGAUCCUAUAUCGGAUACGACCAGCAGCGACCACAAAGAAGCAAAAUAUGAAAAGUGCCUUUUUUAUACAUUUAAUAGGGUAUUACACUGUAUUUAAAAUAAAUUAUUUUACACCAUGCAUG